AUGCCGCCGGCUCCUGCCCACCCGGUGAAGACCUGGCCUCACCCCCAUAAAGAUCCCCAUUACCACUUCCUUCCGCGUGGUUGGAGCCAGGGCGAGGGCUGCUGUGAGGCCCCGGGCACCACCAAGUGUAGCAGAGAGCAGGGUUCACGCAUAGAUGUGCUGGCAGCUGUGGACCUGGGUCGGGGCCCCAGGCGGCUCUCACCCUCCCCUCCCCUGUGCAGCGGGUCUCAGGCCACCCUGCGGAGUCCACGCGGUGGCUCCGAGCUCGCAGGCCGGGGUCGAGAGCACGCGGCGCGCGUGGCCCCGGGGGAGCCGGCGGGCGGGACGGCUCGGUACAAGGGCUCCAUGCGGGCCGGCCGGGCCCUGCACCCGCUCAGCCAGCGCGAGAAGCGGGAGGAGAACAUGGAGGUCCCGAAGCAGCGCAUCGCCGAGGAGACCAUCAGCAAGCCCAAGGUGGGCCGGAAGUUCGCCCACUGCGACGCGGCGGAGGCCGAGCUGAAGCGGAGCACCGUGGGGCUGCUGACCCCGAACGACAGGAAGGCGCGGCAGGAGGCCCUGGUGCGCCAGCGCGAGAUGCAGCGGGCGCAGCGCGAACGGCGGGGGCGGCGGCGCCGGAUCUGCGGCCUGUCCUUCUCGCCCGACGACGGCGACGAGGACCCCGAGGUGGGCGACCCCGAGGGCAAGGACGCGGCCGUGGACACGAGCUUCCUGCCGGACCGCGAGCGCGCGGAGGGGCGGCGCCGCGCGGCAGCUCCUCAGCGAGGCGCGGAUGGCGCGGCGCCCCGCCUUCCGCGAGCUGCGCGGAUCCGGCCGCACGACCACACCUCCUACGACCGGAUGGUGGCGCAGGCGCGCGGCAACAGCGGGCCGCUCUUCGCCUUCGACGUGCACGACGGCGUGCGGCUGCGCAGCGACGCCCCCCUGGAGAAGGGCGAGUCGCACGCGGGCAAGGCGGCGCUGCGCAGCCGGCGCGAGAAGAACCAGCGCCUCUUCCCCGCCCGCCGCUGGGAGCCCUACGACCCCGGGAAGCGCUGGGACGGCUGCACGGUUCGCUGA